UCCUGGAGUCCGCGGCGGAAGUUGAUUGGCUGGGUGGGUAUCUGCCUUGCAGUUGUUCGGCGAAACAGCAAUUGCCAGUUACACAGGAUCUGACUGAAAGCAGCAUUGGACAGCAACAGAAGCAGAAAUAAUGGCAAACCCAAGUCCGUCCAGCAAACCUUCAAACCCAACCAAUCCGCGGGUGUUCUUCGAUGUGGCCAUCGGUGGAGAGAGAGUUGGCCGCAUAGUCCUUGAACUGUUUGCAGACAUUGUUCCAAAAACUGCAGAAAAUUUCCGUGCCCUCUGUACUGGAGAAAAGGGAAUUGGGCUUACAACAGGGAAGCCUCUCCAUUUUAAAGGAUGUCCUUUCCACAGGAUCAUAAAGAAGUUCAUGAUCCAGGGGGGAGAUUUCUCCAAUCAAAAUGGAACUGGGGGAGAGAGUAUUUAUGGAGAGAAGUUUGAAGAUGAAAACUUUCACUACAAGCAUGAUCGUGAAGGCUUGCUCAGCAUGGCAAAUGCAGGACCCAAUACCAAUGGUUCACAGUUCUUCAUCACUACAGUACCAACAGCUCACCUGGAUGGAAAACAUGUCGUUUUUGGACAGGUUUUGAAAGGCUUAGGUGUCGUAAAAAUUCUAGAAGCAAUAGAAACUAAUGAGGAAACGCCAGUCAAGCCAUGUGGUAUAGCUGAGUGUGGAGAGCACAAAGACGGAGACGACUGGGGGACGGCACCUGCUGAUGGCUCAGGAGACACCCAUCCUGACUUUCCAGAGGACUCUGACAUUGAUUUAAAAGAUGUUGAAAAAAUCAUGCCCAUUGCAGAAGAUGUAAAGAAUAUCGGAAACAACUUCUUCAAAUCCCAAAACUGGCAGGCAGCAAUCAAGAAAUACUCCAAAGCUUUAAGGUAUCUGGAGGUGUGCAGAGAUGAAGUGGAAGAUGAGAAUCUACAGAAAAAGCUGGAGCCCAUCGUAUUGAGCUGCAUUCUAAAUAUGUCUGCCUGUAAACUCAAGCUGCAGCUGUGGCAGGAAGCCAUUGACAGCUGCAACGAGGCUCUAGAAAUAGAUCAGUUGAACACUAAAGCACUGUACAGGAGGGCCCAAGCAUGGCAAGGAAUGAAGGAAUAUAAUCAAGCUCUGGUUGAUCUAAAAAAAGCUCAAGAGUUAACACCUGAAGAUAAAGCCAUUAGUAAUGAGAUGCUCAGAGUGAAACAAAAGAUAAAGGAGGAAAAAGAGAAAGAAAAGAAAACUUAUGCAAAAAUGUUUGCUUGAACAAACCUUUCCAUUGAAGAUUCAUUAAUUUGCUUCAAGAAGCCUUUGUUUCUUUUUGGUUGUAAAAAGUAAUGAAAACAGUACUGUAUAUGUAUUUAGAGUUGAUCUGCAACAUUUAAACAGAUCGUAUACCCUACACUUUAUCUGUAUUGCCCAUGCCAAGAAUACUGUAAUUUGGUAAACUGUUAAAGUGAAAUGCAGAAUUGUGAACAUCAGUGUAGUUUUAAGGCUAUAAAGAUAGCAGAUAGUUAUAUAAAGUUUACAUAGUUUGGUUGAGUUGUAUUGUGUUCAGGUAUAUAUUUUUUCUAGAUAUGAUGUUCUCCACAGAGCUACAUGUAUUAUACAUAGUGUAUUAUAUAUACACACAAUACUUAUUUCUAAAGAAUCUUUAUAUAUUCCUUGAAACAAAGCUUCUGGAAAUGUAAGUAAUUUGAAGCACUUAACCAAGUAGGAUAAUUAAGAGCUAAUACUGAUUCCUUCAUUUUAUUUGAUUGUGUUAUGUGAAUUACUUAGUUGAUCUAUAUUAGAAAACUAUUUUAAAUUAUUAACAUGUAGAAUACAAAUAAAACACACAAAAAACCCUGCUUAAUAGCUGUACUUCCUGUUUAACAGGACUGAAAGGGGAUUUCACAAUGUAUUCAGUUUAAGCACUCAUUGGGUUUGACGCACCAUUUUUGUUCUGUGUAAAGCGCUACUGCAGAAGCUGAAAGUCCUUACUGUAAUUCUGUAUCAGACAUGAUACUUUACAGUCUGCUUCUGUACCUACUUUAAUACCGAUGUUUUGUUUGAAUGAAGAGACUAGUUUUAUAGAUACUAGGAAGAUCUUAUUUCAUCUGGAGUCUUUGUUGGUGUAGUCAGAACUAAAAACAUAUUCACUGCUCUGCAUAUUGAAUUUGUUGGCAUAUCUGAAUAGCCUGUCAUCCUAAUGUAUCUGGAUAUGGGAUUACUAUGUACAUUAAAAAAUGUGAAUCAUAAUUCAAUAAACAUGUUUUUCGAAUGUA